GGGUCACUCAAGCCAGUGCUUUAUGUGUAUUCGCACGUGGUUGUCAAAAAAAUAUUUGGGGCAGAUAUUUAUCGUUUUUUUGUGAGGGUUCAGGGAUUAUUUUGAGAAAAUGCCGAAGUCCAAGAGAGAUAAGAAGAUAUCUCUGACAAAAACCAGUAAAAAAGGAAAAAUCUUGAAGGACCACAUACUCGAGGAUGUGAAGGUCUGCGUGGAAAAAUACAAUCGAGUAUUUUUAUUCACAUACGCCAACAUGCGGAAUGACAAGUUGAAGGGGUUGAGGGAGGAGUGGUCAGGCAGUCGUUUUUUCUUCGGGAAGAACAAGAUAAUUGCUCAUGGAUUUGGUUUGACCCCUGAGACCGAGGUUGCAGAUGGCAUCCACAACCUGGCGAAAGUACUGAAGGGCCAGUGUGGCCUCCUCUUCACGAAUAAAACGAAGAAAGAAGUCCUUGGCUGGAUGGAGGGCUACGGAGAAGAGGACUACGCCAGGGCUGGAUUUACCCCCAUAGAAACAAUUGUCCUCCCUCAGGGACCCCUUCCUGAUUUUUCUCACGCCAUCGAACCUCAUCUUCGUCAGCUGGGAAUGCCCACAGCCCUCCAAAAAGGAGUGGUUACCCUUCUUCAGGACUACGAGGUCUGCAGGAAGAAUCAGCCCUUGACCCCUGAACAAGCAAGGAUUUUAAAAUUAUUCGGCAGGCAAUUAGCAACUUUCAAACUCAUUCCUUUGGGAUUUUACUCGAAGAAAAAAGGAUACACCCACCUAGCGAAUUCAUCAACACCUGAAACCAAUGAAGAAGAGAUGGAAGCUGAAGACAUAGAAAGUUAAACAAUAUCUGUAUUUUUUCUAAUAAAAUUGUUUUGUAUAUAUCUCUUUGACUUCAAGAUGAAACAACUGACAAUAGAAUAAUUGAGUAUCUGUCAUUUCGCUAGCUGGAAGGAUAAAUUACAAGUUUGAAGAAUCUUCAACAACUUUUGAGGAUUAAAAAAUAUUUUUCUGAUAUAUUCCUGUUAUUAUGAGUCUCCCUGUGUACACCAUUUUUCUAAUCAGCGGUCUGGCCUACUGUCUCUACUGGUGGAUGAGCAAGCCAAAAAAUUCAAUGAGCUGCAAAAUAAUAUCCCAUUUCGAUCCCAAACGUCAGAGAAGUGCAACGUCAAUCGAUUCGAUAGAGAUAUCAGAUGCUGAAGAGCUCGUGAGAGAGAGACCGAGGAGGGGAAAACGAGUUACCAGAGCUAAGAAGUGAAUCAUAAAUAAACAAAAAUUUCUGGAUAAAUUGUCUAGACGAAUAAAUAAGCUGAUUACUCUUUAUAUA